UCCAGGAAUAAACCCUGGUUCCCAUUUCGAUUUCCACGAAGGAGGAUUCGUGGGUUGUUAAGAUUUUGUAAAAAGGAAAGUAAUAUAUAUGUAUGUUAAGAUUUAGUAAAUAACUUCCAGAGAGGAAAGUAAAAAGGAGCGGGUUGGUUUCUCGAUUGGAGCAGGAGUUACAGAUAUGGAGCUCUGUAUAAGUAGUAAUCCUCUCCCAGAGGUUGGUUUCACUGCAAUCUUUCUUCACUCUUGUGGAUUUUGCUUAAAAUUACAAACAUGUCGCUAGAAGUCGAUUACCACCUUCGAGUAAACUCUUUACAUCCUCCUUCAGAAUCCCCAUUAAUCAUCAGCUUUCAAAUUUUCCAUGUGCAUCGCGAAUGCAUCGAGGUUGAAGAUGAAACGUUCCAAUUAUCUCCUGAUGAUUGGCAACUCGUGGGUAGCCCUUCUGUUGAAAUUAAUGUUGACUCCUUCGGAAGCCAUGAAGUUACAGAGAUCAUCAGCCUGCUCUAUGAUUUCGACGUUCCCCCUCGCGUCGGGAGAAACCUUGUGCAGAAAAUUCAAACAGAGUUGACCUCGAAGGUUUCCCUUCUCGUCGAAAUAACAAAAUUCAUGAACUUUGUACAUAAGUAUGGCGAAGAACCUGAAAUUACCAGAAUCGUAGACGAAUUUAGAGCGAAUCUCAGCUUGUCGGAACCUAAAACCACACCUGCUGCCAAUUCCGCCAUUGAAGCUUUGCGGAAAUUCGUCUAUGAUGAAGAAGAUGAUGAUUGUAAAAGUAAACAACACUGCACCAUAUGCAUCGAAGAUUUCGUUCGAGGAUCUGAGCUCAAUGAGAUGCCUUGCUCUCAUCUUUUUCACCCAGACUGCAUCGUUGAAUGGUUGCAAGUUAAUCACACUUGCCCUCUGUGCCGCCAUCCCCUUCCCUGCGAAUCCUGAUCUCGUCUCUUUAGAUUUUUCUACACUUUUCAGGAACAUUCCAGAACUCUCUCUCUCUCUCUCUCUGUUAGCCUAGUUGGCUUGUAAUGAUGAAAAACUUUUGUCUUAUAAGAUUACAAUUUUUUUAUUAAUUAAUUAUUACCAAUUAAUUGUUUAGCUUCAA